AUGUUAACGGCACCUGCCCAGAGUUUAGGUUCAAAGCUGACUGGUUCUUCGUUCGGCUUGCCUGGCGCCAACGCUACAUACGACUAUGUGAUUGUCGGUGGUGGACUUGCUGGCUCAGUGAUUGCCACUCGUCUUUCUGAGCAGUUGCCCAAUCAGACCAUUGCAGUCAUUGAGGCCGGAUCUUUCGCCGAGCUUUCAAACACAAACUGGAGUCAAAUACCUUACUACUCUGAGCAGUUUGCGGGAGCAGAUGUCGAUGAUUGGCAGCCUUUGAUUGAUUGGGGUCUGGCAACGUUACCACAGGCUGGUGGAAAUGGUAGAAGAUAUCACUACGCACAAGGAAAAUGUCUUGGUGGCAGUUCGGAGCGGAACCAAAUGAUUUAUCAUAGAUCCACCGCUGGUUCUUACAAAGCAUUUGCCGACCAUGUAGGCGACGAUGCCUAUCUUUUCGAGAACAUGGAUCCCUUCUUCAAGCGAUCAUAUCACUUCAACCUCCCCAACGACGAAGUCAGACCUGAAAAUGCCACAGUGAACUACACUCUGACGGGCUACGACAUCCCUGGAAGCGGUGUUGAGCUUUCAUACGGCAACUACGCAAAUGCUAUCUCCUCGUACGGACCUGCAGCGUUCGAAUCUCUCGGCUUCGAGGCAAACCACGACUUUAAUUCUGGUAAUCUGACUGGAUAUGGUUAUUUCCCUAGCACGAUUGAUCCUGUUACUGGCUUGAGAAGCUCCGCAGAGAGCGGACUUUUGUCUCCUGCUAUCGCGAAGUCUCCCCUUCUGACCAUCUACCAAUCAUGUAUGGCACGCAACAUUUUGUUCGACGGUCAGAAGCGUGCUACUGGCGUAAAUGUCACGGUAGACGGUAUCAAGCCUUUCACUCUUACCGCACGCAAGGAAGUCAUUCUCUCGGCUGGUGCAUACCACUCGCCCCAGCUUUUGAUGGUAUCAGGCGUUGGGCCUCGCUCUACCCUGGAACAGUUCAACAUACCUGUGAUCUCUGCCCUUGAAGGCGUUGGCCAGAACAGCUGGGACACUGCCAACCUCGGCGGUCCCUCGUUCAACAUCUCCACCGUAUCAUCGAGCCGCAUCGCUGAACCUGGCCCUGCUUUGGACGAGGCAAUGACGCAACUCCUUGCAAACGGAUCAGGCCCUCUGAGCAACAUCGGUGAAGACUUCUGGGGCUGGGAAAAGAUCCCUAGCGAGCUCCGCACAAACUUCUCCCAAUCAACAAAGGACGCCUUUGCCGCAUUCCCUGCUGACUGGCCCGAGUUCGAAUUUGUCAUUUCAAACACUGGUACUUCGCUCUCUAGCUCAGGCUCAGGUUCUCAUGAUGUUGGUGCUCUCGCUGUCUUGAUGACUGCAUCUACCAGCCGUGGCAACAUGACCAUCCAAAGCGCUAGCAACGAUGUCGCUCCCAUCAUUUCGCCCAACUGGAUCACGACCAAGGAGGACCAAGAAUUGGCCGUCGCUGGCUUCCGUCGCGGACGUCAAAUCGCUCAAGCCCUAGGCGCCUAUCAAGGCGAAGUGUCCCCAGGACCUUCCGUCCAAACCGACGCAGAGAUCUUGAAGUGGAUUCAGGAGGAAGGCUUGGCCGCUAUUCACCACUGCUCUGCUCUUUGCGCCAUGGGUAGAUCGAACAACACUAUGGCAGUUGUCGAUUCUAAAGCUAGAGUCUAUGGUGUCACUGGAUUGAGAGUCAUUGACUCUUCCAGUCUGCCAUUCACUCCUCCUGGUCAUACUCAGGGUACCACUUAUGCUCAUGCUGAGAAGCUUGUGCAGGAUGUUAUCAAUGCUGCUAAGGGUAUUUUAGCAUAG